AUGACGCGCACCCCGAGCCCUCGACGGAAGGGAUUGUUGACUCUCUUCAGUGCCGCCCAGUCGCUGGAGGUGGCGGAAGACAGUAAAGAAAAAGGCAACAGCCGCCUACGACAGCAGCUGGACCAGAACCAGAAGAACAUGGACCAAUCUCCGCGCGAGCCACAAUAUGUGCGGGUGAGGGUUGCCAAUGCCUGCGAUUCCUGCAAGAUCCGAAAAGUCAAAUGCGACGGGAAAUUGCCCUGCAGCUAUUGUACCCGGCACAAAAGGGCGCAAACGUGCCAUUUUACCCCCCAGAAGCGGCGGCGGUUGAACUCUGUGCCCUCCCCGGCAUCCGACCAGGAACACCAGCCGAAACGACUGCAGCAGCAGCAGCAACAUCAUUCACAUCACAAUGACAAUGAUACCACCACAGCGCCGUCCAGUUCCGCACAUUCAUCCGCUCCGCCUGAUGCUGCCGCAGCCAAUCCCUAUCAUCCCGCGUCAUCCUCAACGCAGUCCCGCGUCGUCGCUACCAUUACUCCCGCGCCCACCACGGUCGGCUCGGCGGGAUCAGCCCUACGCGACUCAUCCGUCGAGGAGGAAGCAGAAGUGCCCCGAGAUGCGCGGCUCUUGUACGACGCACAGGGGAAGCUGAUCUUUAUUGGUGACUGCGCCCCGCUUUCUUUCUUUCAGACUGUGAGGCAAUUGGUCCUUUCUCGGAUCGACCCCCAUGCCUUUGCACACCACACUGGUCGGGUACCCGUGCUGCAAAACGUGCCACCAAGCCACGCUGUCUCGUCGGGCCGUCAAGAGCCAUAUGUUGAUACUGAUACGGUUCAUUCUAUUGUCAACAAGUAUCUUGCCGUGACCUCGGGUCUAGUCGACCUAUUCGGCAGCGCAAGUCUGGUGGAUGACAUAUCGACCUGGUCGGACCACAAAGGCCAUGAUGUGCAUGCUGCCGUCAAUUAUCUUGUCUUGGCCAUUGGGCUUCAAUCCGUCGAUGACUCUUUGGCAUCAAGCUAUUUUGAGCAUGCCAAGGUCCUGGCGCUGGCCACUCUCGGAAGUGAGCUGAGCGUCGGAACCGUGCAAGCCUUUACACUCAUCACCGUUUACAUGCUGAGAGCUUGCCAAAUCACUGGGGCCUUCCUAUUCUUUGGUAUCGCCGUCCGAGCUGUUUAUUCCAUCGGUGCCCAUCGAACAGAGGUUAACUCGAGGUUUGGGCAUGACAUUCGAAGACACCGAGAUCGGCUAUGGAAAAGUGUCAGAAUCAUCGACUUGUUUCUCAGUAUCUCCAUGGGACGUCCUCCUGCUACAUCGGAUGUUGACUGCACGGUACCCUACCGUGAAUUGGAUAGUGAAGGCCAUGAGAUCUUUGACCUUUUGGAUUCAUCUGUUCAGGUGCUGCUAAUUAUAGAAACCAUCGUCUUGGAGGUCUUUUCUCGGAAGAAAAUCUCCUUGCAACUGACCGAAGGCAUCUCCCGACAACUACGCAAGUGGUCCAACAGGUGGCUUGCUGAGCUCAAACGUAUCGUCGGCACGCCUCCUACCCAAGAGGAUGAGGCUAAAAUCGUUGGCGCUUGCCAUGUUUUAUGCUCAUAUUACUAUGCUGUCAUGCUCGUGUCUCGACCAUUUCUGAUGUACGAAAUGUGUAAGCGAUUACCAGAGAGCCCUUCCAAAUUCGAGGCUGCCGUCCGUGAUAGCGGUAGCUCUGGUCGCUCAAAACUGGCCAAUGCAUCCAUUGACGCAGGUAGUCUGAUGAUUGAGUCGGUGGCGGAUCUGCUUCAGAUUGGCGUUCUCGAUGGAUGCAUGCCUUUAAUUGUAUCAUGGCUAUUUGCUGCCUCGCUAGUAGUAGGCGUCGGCCUUCUUGGUGACUUUGGCCGCAUUCUGGACAAGGAUGUGCGCAUGUCCAUUGCCGCGCUGGAGCAUUUUGCCAAACAUGAUGCACACGCUCUACAGUACUCCUUGAUCAUCAAGUCUUUACAUAUUAGCGCAACAGAAUACCUCGAACGAAAAGAACGAUAUGAGAGACUACAGAUUUCUGAGAGUUCUUCCCAACUGUUCGGGUUGACACCAAGACAACCGCGCGAGCCAUCAAAAGCGACGCCUCGGCCAAGUCAGGACAACAAUUUCCACUCUCCAGCUGCAAAUCACAACACUGUUGCUUCGAGCGAGGGCGCCGACACUGUCCGCGAUCUCAGUUCGACAUUCUUUGAGGAUCUGGAUCCGUCCAUCUUUCCAUUCAUACACUCUUCGUCACAUACGCCAGAACUUCCUGUGACCAAUAGCAUGGGGCAAAACCAAGAUCAAGUAUUUGGCGCGCUCAACCUAUUCCCGUUGCUAGAGGAAGGCGGGCAUAUUGACUUGGCACACUACAUGUGA